GUUUUCGCGAUUUUUCAGCUGUGCAUUGUACGAACGUCCUGUUUCCUUUGAUACAUUCUAGACCUUCUUUUUCCGCCUUUGGUAUUCUUGGUCAAACUAUAUACGUCGAACUGUUCAUGGUUCUAUCCAUCAUGUCUGAUAAGAGGGAGAUACGUGCCGGUGAAGAGCUAGGUGACUCUGCAAAUGAUGUCCACGAUAGAGGGGACUUUGAGAAGUACGAAGUUGCACGUCCAGACAAUGUAGACUUUCCAGAUCACAUCUCUGAGAUGUCAAGCGCAGCCGACAAUGCACCACUGUCAAGACAAGUCUCGCUCGCUAGGACAAAGUCAAGGCGUUCCAAUGUGAUGACUAAAGUUGCAUCUCGACUCACAACGCACUCCAUCAAAGACCCUGGUCCCCCGCCAGAUGGAGGUUUUCGAGCGUGGUUACAGUGCUUCUGUGGCUGGUUGGCUAUAUGCAACACGUGGGGCUUUGCCCUGAGCUUCGGUGCCUUCCAGACGUACUUUGCUGAGACGUUGCCAGAAUCCCCAUCCACGAUCUCGUGGAUCGGUAGCACACAAGCAUGCUUGAUCUUCCUCGUUGGUGCUUUUUCAGGUAGGGCUCUUGAUGCCGGAUUGUUCCGUCCCACAGUCUUUAUUGGCAUUCUUAUCCAACUGUUUGGCAUCUUUACCAUGAGUGUUUCGAAGCAUUACUGGCAGCUGUUGAUCACCCAGGGAAUCCUCACCGGAAUUGGAGGCGGGCUCUUUUUCUGCCCAGCUAUGGGCCUUAUGUCGACUUACUUUCUCAAGAAGCGCGGCAUGGCUCUAGGCAUUGCCACGACGGGAAAUUCUGCUGGUGGAAUGAUUUAUCCCGUGAUCGUUCGCCAAUUGCUACCCAAGAUCGGUUUCGGCUGGACUGUGCGAGUGCUCGGCCUCCUGAAUUUCGUCACACUCGCUUUCUGUGUAGUGUUUAUGAAACCUAGGCUACCACCUCGAAAAUCGGGUCCAAUUGUGGAGUGGACCGCCGUUAAGGACGUACCGUACGUGCUGUUUGUCGUAGGCUGUUGCUUUCUGAUGGCACCCAUAUACUUUUCAUUCUUCUAUAUCGCGUCCUUCGCACGAGACGUCGUUGGACUACCGUACACACAGUCUCUCAACUUGGUCAUCAUCCUAAACGGCAUUGGAAUUCCAGCUAGAAUUCUGCCUGGAUUCAUUGCUGAUCGCUUUGCCGGUCCUCUGAACGUAUUCAUUCCCAUCAUAACGGUGAACUUCGUCUUGCUCUGGGCAUGGCUCGGCGUCAGGAAUGUUGGGGGUUUCUACGCUUUCACGGUCGUGUAUGGCAUUUUCGCCGCCGGAUUUCAGAGCCUGUUCCCAACUUGCGUCGGAAGUCUAAGUACAGACCUGAGCAAAGCAGGGACGAGGCUUGGGAUGGCAUUUAGCACGAUUUCAUUCGCCGCGCUAGUAGGAGGGCCCAUUGGUGGCGCAAUCUUGCAGGCUGAUCAUAGGAGCUAUCGCGGGCCCAUUAUUUGGGCUGCGACUAGCACAAUGAUAGGAACUGCGAUGGUCGCUGGAUCGCGCGUCUCCAAGAAGGGAUGGAAGCUGAAUGUCCGAUGUUGAAUCGAUUCUCGACGCUUUUCAGGAUCAGUAUAGAAUAUCAAUGAGCUACGACAAUUUGCGCUUGGAGAACGGCGAUGGGCAAAAGUAUGGAGACUAAACUAGAACGGCUAUUUCAAUUCGGAAUGCAAGAUCAUCAUUAACAGAUUCUAAAACGGGGACAGGUCGUGGCGCGAUGAGACGUGGAAUUAUUCGUGACUUCUAGACACCUUGACGUCGUAGAAUAUUCCUCAAUGUAGGUACAAACCUAUACCUAUCCGGUGCGAGGGCUAUGCAACACUCUCUUUAUCUUCCUCAUACAUGGUUUGACACAGAACGUGUUUCAAAGAGUCCCAUGAGGGCGAAUUAGUCCAUAAAAUGCACGUUUUUCUUCAAGCGGCAAGCCAAGCUUGAUUGUCGAGGAAUGCAAAAUGUCCUGGUUGAGAACGGAAGCGGUACACUGGACGGUUGACGUCGCCCAUACUAUACGGCAAGGGAACAGCAGACAAUGCAGAAGGCUGGAAAACAU